AUGAGCAUGGAACUUUCUAUACUCUGGAGGGCACCCGAGGUGAACCCUAUCAACCGCAAGGCCCGCAGCAUCCCGGUUUUGAACAUUUUCAACGUAUACGCACGAGCCUUUCAUUUCUCAUGGCUGGGCUUCAUGAUUGCCUUCUGGGCUUGGUACACAUUUCCACCCCUGUUGACGGUCACCAUCAAGAAGGAUCUUAACUUGACCACCGCUCAAGUUGCCAACUCUAAUAUCGUCUCCCUCGUUGCGACACUGUUCAUGCGUCUCAUUGCCGGCCCCGCAUGCGAUCGAUUUGGCUCUCGCAUCGUCUUCGGUUCUUUACUUCUCAUCGGUACCAUUCCCAUCGGUCUUGCCCCCCUUGUCAAGAACGCCACUGGUCUCUACAUCAGCCGCUUCUUCAUCGGUGUUCUCGGCGCAACAUUCGUCCCUUGCCAGGUGUGGUGCACUGGCUUCUUCGAUAAGAACGUCGUCGGCACUGCCAAUGCUUUGGCUGGUGGUUGGGGAAACGCGGGUGGUGGUAUCACCUACUUCGUCAUGCCUGCUGUCUACGACUCCUUCGUUCACGCUCGAGGUUACACACCUGGCCAGGCUUGGCGCUUAACCUUCAUCGUUCCUGUCGUCUGCCUCUUCGCCUGCGGACUGGGUCUUCUUCUGUUGUGCGAAGAUACUCCUACUGGCAAGUGGGCUGACCGCCACUUGCACGCCCAGGAGAACCUGCACUCUCAUGGAGUUGAUGCCGUCGUCCAAUCCGACUUUGUUGAUGUUCCUGGCGGCAUUGCCGACCGCAAAGAAGGCUCCAUGGCUUCUGAUGAGGAGAAACGUAGCAAUCAUAGCAAGAAUGGUGUGCUCAGCGACAACGAGGCCCCUCUCAGCCCAUCCGAGAUGCUCGAGACUGCUCAGGGCGACACUGUUGUCAACCCCACCUUCAAGGAGGCCAUGCAAGUCAUCUUCUCCCCGCAGACCAUCUUCCACGUCGCCACCUACGCCUGCUCCUUCGGUGGUGAACUUGCCAUCAACGCUGUUCUCUCCUCAUACUACCUGAAGAACUUCCCCUCUCUUGGCCAGACUGGUGCUAGCAACUGGGCGGCCAUGUUCGGCUUUCUCAACGUCAUUACACGCCCUGCCGGCGGUGUCGUCUCUGACCUUCUCUACCGUUACGGCGGCCAGAACCUCUGGCUAAAGAAAGGAUGGAUUACCGUCUGCGGUGUUCUCACCGGCGCUCUUUUGAUCCUCAUCGGCCAGCUCAAUCCCCACAAGGAGGCUACCAUGUUCGGCUUGGUUUUCCUGAUGGCUGUCUUCCACGAGGCAGGUAACGGUGCCAACUUCGGUCUCAUUCCUCACGUCCAUGGCCACGCAAACGGUAUCGUCUCUGGUGUCACCGGUGCUGGUGGUAACUUUGGCGGUGUCAUCUUCGCCAUCAUCUUCCGCUUCAUGGACAACGGCACCAACUACGCCAAGGGCUUCUGGGUCAUUGGAUGCAUCCAAAUCGGCCUGAACCUGGCUGUUUCUUGGAUCCACCCUCUGCCUAAAGCCCAACGCCACUAG